ACAAGACAACAGAUUAUAAUACUUCCUCUAUCCGGAAAAGUCUCAUCGUCUAAUAUGUCGCCCGUGUCCGGAGAAAAUGUACCGCUGCUUCCGGAGAGUAAGCAGCCAGCAAAGCAUGCAUCUGUGCCUGGUGCUGUGUUUAACGUGUCCACCAGCAUUAUUGGUGCCGGAAUUAUGUCAAUCCCGGCAACACUCAAGGUGUUAGGUGUGGUUCCAGCAUUUCUAUUGAUUGUGGUUAUAGCUUGGCUGGCAGAUAUCUCAGUUGAAUUUUUGAUGAGGUACACACAUGCCGGGGACUCGACUACGUAUGCUGGUGUCAUGAGGGAGUCAUUUGGGAGGGUGGGAUCGGUCCUGGUGCAAAUAUGUGUCAUGAUGACCAAUCUUGGAUGCUUGAUCAUUUAUUUGAUUAUUAUAGGGGAUGUUCUAUCGGGAAACCAACCAGAAGGAUCAGUUCACUUGGGUGUUUUGCAACAAUGGUUUGGCAUUCACUGGUGGAACUCGCGUGCUUUCGCUCUCCUCGUCACCCUUGUCUUCAUUCUGCUUCCAUUGGUUUUGUUCAGGCGCGUAGAAUCAUUGAGGUACAGUUCUGCAAUAUCAGUUUUUCUUGCUGUGCUGUUUGUUGCCAUAAGUUCAGUGAUGGCAAUUUUGGCACUCUUGGAAGGGAAAACGAAGAGCCCGAGACUGCUGCCCGAAUUGGACAACAAAACUUCCUUCUUUGACCUCUUCACUGCUGUCCCAGUAAUUGUAACAGCUUUCACAUUCCAUUUCAAUGUUCAUCCAAUUGGCUUUGAGAUGGACAAACCUUCUGAUAUGAUAUCAGCAGUCCGAAUUUCAUUGGUUCUAUGUGCUGCCAUAUACUUCACCACUGGGGUCUUUGGAUACCUUCUAUUUGGUGAUUCAAUCAUGCCGGACAUACUUGUCAAUUUUGAUCAAAAUUCUGGUUCAGCAGUCGGCUAUUUACUCAAUGACAUAGUUCGAUUGAGCUAUGCAUUUCACCUCAUGCUGGUGUUUCCCCUUUUGAACUUCUCAUUGAGGUCCAACAUUGAUGAAUUCCUUUUUCCAAAUAAAACUCUUCUGGCCAAAGAUAACACCAGAUUUGUGUCCCUCACUCUUGUCCUGCUAGCCUUCAGUUACUUGGCAGCAAUAGCCAUCCCUAACAUAUGGUACUUCUUCCAAUUCGUGGGAUCAACCUCUGUAAUCUGCCUCGCCUUCAUCUUCCCUGGCGCUAUUGUUCUCAGGGAUGCUCAUGGCAUAUCAACGACAAGGGAUAGGAUUUUGGCAGCAGUCAUGAUAAUUCUGGCUGUAAUAACAAGCACAAUCGCCAUUUCUGCCAACAUAUACAGCUUUUUUGCAGAAAAUGAGUCAUGACUUCUUUCCCCAUUCUUUUUUGGCAGAGGUACUUGUAUUGUAGUGUGUCAUUUGUUUUGUUGUUUGUUUCAUUAAAAAUUGAGCAGCUUAAACUCUUGGUGUCCCCAAAACAGUCAAUUACAUUAUAUUUAUUUGUUGAUGAAUGAAUUUCAGAUAAGAAUCUCAGCGAAAUCAGUCUUGCAAGAGUUCAGUCUUUUGCUUUCUGAUA